AUUAUUUAAAUUGAUGCCUGUCAUUUUUCCUUUUUAUAAUGCUUAUACCCAAAGACGAUAUCAUAGUUAAACUCUGCAAUAGGGUUAAUAAAAUUGAAGAGACGGUAGAAAUUAACUCGGACAUCGAUAAAGACCAUUGGGAAACCACUGCUUAUUUAUGCGAUGAAUCAGUGAAAAUGAAGAAAGCUUUAAUUUUGUUAACCUCUGUUAAUCGAGAGUUGAUUAAUAUUGUCCGGAAAUUAGUACCUGCUACUACAGCAGAAAAUAAGGAAGAAUUAAUAAAUGAUUUGGACGUCGCUUUUGCUCGAUUGAAUAUAAAAUAAAUGAAUUUAAAAUUUUUUUUUUCUUCUUGAAAUGAGUUAUGUACCAGUUCAAGUAAAUCUAAUCACGUGUCCCUAUGAUCCAUCUCAUAGAUUGAGACCAGAAAAAAUCGUUGGUCACUUAAUCAAGUGCAGAAGGAACAAUUAUCCUGAAUCAGAAGAGAAAAUUAUCUGUCCUCAUACAGGAUUACAUGAAGUACGCGUUAAGGAAUUAAAUUAUCACCUAGAAUCUUGUAAAAGAAAAUAUUUUAAAAUUUAUAAAAGUUUAUAGAAAUUUUUAUCUUCUCAUUUUCUUUUAUACUUGUGAAAAUGAAAAAAUUUAUAAUCGAACAAAAUAUUGAAAAAAUCAUAAAAAAGGGAAUUAUUGAAAAUAUCCCAUCUCCUUAUUCAGCUCCAACUAAACAAUCUUAUAAAAAUAGAAUUAUUAUAAGAUUUUAAAAAUCCAUCACUUCUUUAUUCCAAAAUAAAUAAAAGAAGAAAAAUUUGUUUCAAAAUAUUAAAAUUUUGACCCAAAUUUUACUGUUCAUACGCGCAGGUACACAAUAGCUGCAUUAGCGCAUGCGUGUCACUGCAGCAUUGAAUAUUUUAAUUAUUUUAAUUAAAAGGAUAAUUAAUUUUAAUUUUCUAUAAAAUUAAAAUUAAUUGAAAAAUUUCUAGUUUCUCGAAUAGAAUAUAUCUAUUUUUGAAGAAUCAGAAAAUAUCCUUAUGGAAAACAAUCCUCCUUUAAAAGAAAAUUCCUCUAAUAAAAGGAAAAGAGGAAAUAAAAAAUUCAUAACUAUUAAAAGCAGUUCUUGGAUGUAUCAUAAUUUGGUCAAAAGACCCAUCAAAAUUGUUCCUACUGCAAUUGUUAAACCAACAGUACGGGUUCCUAUCCAAAUCGAGCAGGUACAACCCCAAAACCUUGUUGAAAUAGAUCUAACAAUUGAGGAAGCAAUAUUGUUAAGAACUCGAGCUCUUGCCGAGGAGGGUCUAGUGCGUAAUUUUGCGAUCCCAGAAAUUAUUGACUUAACAGAAUAGUAAUCGAUUCCUAUAUAUUUUUUUUUAGUGUCUGAAUAUUUUACGGCACCAAAAAAGUUAACUGGAAAACAAAGGAAAGCCAUUAAUAGGAGGCUAGCCAAGGUUAAAGCAGCAAAUGGAGAAUCUUGGCUACCAAUACAUGAAUUUAGGAGAUUAAGAAGAGAGCGAGACGCUCUUAACCAGAAAUUGAGUAUUAUUGAAGAGGAACCUUCAAUAUUUCCACCCCUACCCAAAGAAGUAGAACCAAUACCACUUCCACCUCUUCCUAAAGAUGAAGAAGUGAAAUCAAUUCCUUCCUUUUCAGAGGAAAAAGAAAAUUUUUCAAUAACAAUCCAUCCAAGCGUGUAUAAAAGUCUUAGUUUAGACACUAAGAUAGCCUUAAUGCGCAAAAACCUUUGUAAACAUAUGUUAAUACCUAAUCAGUGCGUGAAUUGUUUGGAAGAUUGGAGGAAAAAUUAUAAAAUUCCCAAAAGAAAAUCUAAUAAUAAUAAAAACGAAAAAUAACUAAACAAAAUUCUUUUUUUUUCUCAUUCCUAUCCUUUGUAGAGAAAAAUAUAUAAAAUUUUUUUUUAUUAUUAAUGAGUGAUAAAAGAAUUACUCGACAAGGAGCAAAAGACGACCCAAAAUUAUCGGAAGAAAUUGAACAGUUUAAUCCUUUCGGUAGAUCACAAAUAGUAUCACGUUCGCCUACGAGUAUUGUAAAGCCCCUUUUAGAUCUUUCUAUUGAUUCUGACAUAUACGACGAAACUACAAUUGAACACAUACCAAAAACAGAUACACCACUAAAUACAAAUAUACAAUUGUACACUUCUACACCGAAGCCUACAAUUUUAGACUACUCAAACGAUACAGACGAUAACACUAUAAUUUCUUUAGAUUCAGAAAAUCUUAAUCAAGUUUUAUUAGGAAACAAUUUUUUAAAUCCAAAUUUAAAUAAUCUUGAACCUAAUAUAAAUUUAAAUAACGUUGAACUUCAACCAGUAAACAUGGCUUUACAACUUAAUCAAACUGUCAGUUUGACAGAUGCCCUUAAGGCAGUGCCAGAAUUUGACGGUACAAACAUUUCCGUUAAUGAAUUUAUUCGAGGAUGCUUAGAAGCUAAAGCUAUGGUAGGUGAGGCAGCAGAGGAAAAUCUCACUAGGUUGAUCAGAACAAAAGUUUACGGAGAAGCUAGGAAAGCUAUAAGUGGGCAAACAUUUGGAAACACGGAAGAAUUUAGUAACUUCCUCAGGGAUAUUUACGCGACUACUAAAACGGUCAAACAACUAUAUGGCGAAUUAGGUAACGAAUUUCAAAAAGAGAAUGAAAAUGUUUUAACUUUUGCAAAUAGGAUUCGGGAUAUAGGAACGAGAAUUUUAGAUGCACAAAGAAUAAUGACCAAUGCUGUAGUUACGGAAGCGUUUAAAACCGAAACUCAAAAUGAUAUUAUUGAAUGUUUUAAAGAAGGCCUUUUGCCUGAGAUAGAACAAAAAAUGACUAAUCAAGCAAACAUAAAUAACCUAAUUAGGGAAGCUAUAAGAGUCGAAAAGAAAAUUCUAGCUCAAAGAGAAAAAAGACUAGGUAGUUCGGAAACAAAAAAUCAAAAAAGGAGGGAAAUCUUUCAAGCUGAAGAACACAAUCCACCACAACCCAUGAACACUAACUUUGAAAAUGCUACAGUUUUUUGUCAAGUUUGUAAUCGUAAAGGACAUUCUGCAUUACAAUGCUAUAAAAUCAAAACGUGUCCAAUUUGUAAUAAGAGUGGACACGAUGCAAAGUUUUGUAGAGCCAACGGUCCGGAAAAAUGCCAAAUCUGCGAUAAAUUAGGGCAUAAUGCAAGAACAUGUUAUCAAAACCCACUUUACAAAAGACCUAAUGAACAGAAUCCAAAUAACAAACAAAUCGAGUCUAGAACCCAAUUUAAAUGUCAAAUUUGUAAUAGAAUCGGCCAUACAGCAGCUAGUUGUAGAAGUCUACCUAAAAAUAGCGAUAAUGAAUGUAAAUUUUGUCACAAGCAAGGGCAUCAAAUAGAAGAAUGUAGGUCACGUAUUUAUCAGAACAGACUUAGAGAUCAGGGAAACGAUCAGAGUCCCCAUCGUCAGGGCGUGAAUCAGGGGACUUUUCAAAAUCAAAAUCGCUCAGUCAAUGUAACAGAAACCCAGGAUCUUGCGUCAGAGUUAAUACCGUAA